AAACAAAAUGUCAGUCAGCGUGCAUGAGAACCGCAAGUCCAGGGCCAGCAGCGGCUCCAUUAACAUCUAUUUGUUUCAUAAGUCCUCCUAUGCAGACAGCGUCCUCACGCACUUGAACCUCUUGCGCCAGCAGCGCCUGUUCACCGAUGUCCUUCUCCAUGCUGGAAAUCGGACCUUCCCCUGCCACCGAGCAGUGCUAGCCGCGUGCAGCCGCUACUUUGAAGCCAUGUUCAGUGGCGGCCUGAAAGAGAGCCAGGACAGUGAAGUCAACUUCGACAAUUCCAUCCACCCAGAGGUCUUGGAGCUGCUUCUUGAUUAUGCGUACUCCUCCCGGGUCAUCAUCAAUGAAGAAAAUGCAGAAUCGCUCCUGGAAGCCGGUGACAUGCUGGAGUUUCAAGACAUCCGGGAUGCAUGUGCAGAAUUCCUGGAGAAGAACCUGCAUCCGACCAACUGCUUGGGCAUGCUCCUGCUGUCUGAUGCGCACCAGUGCACCAAGCUGUACGAACUGUCCUGGAGAAUGUGUCUCAGUAACUUCCAAACCAUCCGGAAGAACGAAGAUUUCCUCCAGCUGCCCCAGGACAUGGUCGUGCAGCUCCUGUCCAGUGAAGAGCUGGAGACAGAAGAUGAAAGGCUCGUGUAUGAGUCUGCAAUUAACUGGAUCAGUUAUGACCUGAAGAAGCGCUACUGCUACCUCCCGGAACUGUUGCAGACAGUGAGGCUGGCACUCCUGCCAGCCAUCUAUCUCAUGGAGAACGUGGCCAUGGAAGAACUCAUCACCAAGCAGAGAAAGAGUAAGGAGAUCGUGGAAGAAGCUAUCAGGUGCAAACUGAAAAUCCUGCAGAAUGAUGGUGUGGUGACCAGUCUCUGUGCCCGGCCUCGGAAAACGGGCCAUGCUCUCUUCCUUCUGGGAGGGCAGACUUUCAUGUGUGACAAGCUAUAUCUGGUAGACCAGAAGGCCAAAGAAAUCAUCCCCAAGGCCGACAUUCCCAGCCCGAGAAAAGAGUUCAGUGCAUGUGCAAUUGGCUGUAAAGUAUACAUUACCGGGGGGCGGGGGUCCGAAAAUGGCGUCUCAAAAGAUGUCUGGGUUUAUGAUACCCUGCAUGAGGAGUGGUCCAAAGCUGCCCCCAUGCUGGUGGCCAGGUUUGGCCAUGGCUCUGCUGAACUGAAGCACUGCUUGUAUGUGGUUGGAGGGCACACGGCUGCAACUGGCUGUCUCCCUGCUUCCCCUUCCGUCUCACUAAAGCAAGUAGAACAUUAUGACCCCACAACCAACAAAUGGACCAUGGUGGCCCCACUCAGAGAAGGUGUCAGCAAUGCCGCUGUAGUGAGUGCCAAACUCAAGUUGUUUGCUUUCGGAGGUACCAGUGUUAGCCAUGACAAGCUCCCCAAGGUUCAGUGUUAUGAUCAGUGUGAAAACAGGUGGACAGUCCCGGCCACCUGUCCCCAGCCCUGGCGUUACACAGCAGCAGCUGUGCUGGGGAACCAGAUUUUUAUUAUGGGGGGAGAUACAGAGUUCUCUGCCUGCUCUGCUUAUAAGUUUAACAGUGAGACUUACCAGUGGACCAAGGUAGGAGAUGUGACAGCGAAGCGCAUGAGUUGUCAUGCUGUGGCUUCUGGAAACAAACUCUACGUAGUGGGAGGGUACUUCGGCAUCCAGCGAUGCAAGACUUUGGACUGCUAUGACCCAACCCUUGAUGUGUGGAACAGCAUAACCACAGUCCCGUACUCGCUGAUUCCCACUGCGUUUGUCAGCACCUGGAAACAUCUGCCUUCUUAAAUGCAGUGUGUCCUAAAGCGAGUAAGCAUGAGCUCAUUCCAUCAGUUGGUGAGACAAUAUGAGAUUUCUGCUUUGGAGAGGCCAUGUUGAAUGAAGAGAAAGAAAAAAAGAAGUUGUACAAGACUUGCAUACCAUCCGCUGCACCUUGUCAAUAUUCUCUAACUGGACUCGAAUGAAGGAUGGGGGUGGGGGUGGGUGGGAUUUCAUUGCAAGUAGCACAUGGUUUAAAUAUGAAUGAACCUGUGAUCUAGUCCUUGUCUUGUAAUUGUGGAUUAAUGUCAGCGUUAAUCAGCCCCUCAAAGGGAGAGAAAAGCUGGACCUUUUCCCUUGCUGUACCACAUUCAGCGUUUGAUUUCCAUGGGCUCCACCAUUUAUGUGUAAAAUUUGAAAUGGUUGUCACCUCUGUCUGAGGAGUGAGCAUGAAGCCUCCACACCAGCUGCUGUUGGAGACUCAAAGAAAGCCCAAGUGUGGGUCAGGAGGGAAGCUGGCUGGGCUGGCUGAAGAAAGAGGACUGCUGGACUUUUCCCUUAAUCUCCAAGGGGUUGUGCCUCCCCCCUUCCCCAGGAACGCCUGUGAACAAUGGGGACAUUGUUGGUAGCCUUUAGGUUGAUGUUCUUUUCUAUUUAUAAGUGACUUUAAACUUUC